CACGGGGCGGUUUUUAAGCAGAAAACACGGGCUGUGUACAGCAGGGGAGCAGGGAGGCAAAAUCUCCCAGUACUGUAACGGGGAUUCGUCACUGCGAAGGCCGGGAUUGGAACUUCGCUCUGCCGGGGAGAGGCGCGCGCUAAGCCCGCUAACUCACGGAUAUUUGUUUGGCCGGAGGGAGACAGGCAGAGCAAGACACAGGGGAGAAGCAGGGAGACUGAUGGAAAGAUGGAGACCCCAGUGUGAACAGCGAGUUCAGAGAAGUUAAACAAAGCUUGGCUGGGGUUAGCUAAGCUUCCAUAACCAUGGCUGACAAGCUGUUUAGUUUUUCAGUCAACAGGCGCAUUGUCGCCGGGCUGCUGGUCAACCUGCUGUCCUCCAUCUGCAUUGUUUUUAUCAACAAGUGGAUCUAUGUACACUAUGGCUUCCCCAACAUGACGUUGACCCUCGUGCACUUUGUGGUCACGUGGCUGGGACUCUACAUCUGCCAAAAAAUGGACGUUUUCUCUCCAAAAAGCCUCCCAGUCCGCAGGAUCGUGUGGCUGGCUCUGAGCUUCUGUGGGUUCGUGGCCUUCACCAACCUCUCCCUGCAGAACAACUCCAUAGGGACAUAUCAGCUGGCCAAAGCCAUGACCACACCCGUCAUCAUCCUCAUCCAGACCACCUACUACAAGAAGACCUUCUCCACCAAGAUUAAACUGACACUGGUGCCCAUAACAUUAGGGGUGAUAUUGAACUCGUACUAUGAUGUGCGGUUCAACCUGCAGGGGACAGUGUUUGCAUCGCUGGGUGUUCUGGUGACGUCGCUUUACCAAGUGUGGGUGGGGGCUAAACAACAUGAGCUCCAGGUGAACUCCAUGCAGCUGCUCUACUAUCAGGCUCCUCUGUCAUCAGGCUUCCUGCUCUGUAUUGUUCCUUUCUUUGAGCCGCUGACUGGAGACGGAGGAAUAUUUGGACCAUGGUCUCUGCCUGCUCUGGUGACAGUGCUGUUCUCAGGUGUGGUGGCGUUCCUGGUCAACCUGUCCAUCUACUGGAUCAUUGGAAACACCUCAGCUGUCACCUACAACAUGUUUGGACAUUUUAAAUUCUGCAUCACCCUGAUUGGAGGAUACCUGCUCUUCCAUGACCCGCUGUCACUCAACCAGGCAUUGGGGAUCCUCUGUACUCUGGCAGGUAUCCUGUCAUACACUCACUUCAAGCUGGUCGAACAGGAGGAGGGGAAGAGCCGCCUGGCUCAAAGACCAUAGGUUGACUUACCUGUCGAUCACCUGCACGGACUCCUGCCAUUGGCUGCCCACAGUGUGACCGGCGGCAGAGACCUCUUUAUAUAUUUUUAAUUUUGUUAUGAGUAUUUUUUUAGGAGAGUAAAGAAUUUCAUGCUGGUUCCCAGACGGGGUUUAAAGUGUACGACAUGUCAACACGUCCUCUGCUCUUCACGCUCUUCCCAUGAUUCUUUGCUCAACAACGCUGAUGUUUAUGUUUUUAAGGGAAACUGAAGCUCAUCACGUCGGCAGCUGGACUUUCUGUUUUUUUUUCAGCUGCUGACAUGAAAGUGAAAAGUGUAUGAAGGAAUACGAACGCUGGUUUUUACACGUACAGAUGCAGAGGGUCACAUUGAGCUUCUUCCCAGAAUUCAUUGCUGCUGUUGGUGGAUUGAAUCAAAAGGAGACAAGGUGGGCAGUUAAAGGACUGUGAGAGACACCAAACCUUCAUCUGCUGCUGGAUGCAGGCGCUGCCAUGAGAACAAUGUAAUAAUAGUAAUGAUAUUAGAAAAAUAAUAAUAGUGUUUUUUCUUUUUCAUGCUAGUUCAGUUCAUCCAGCAGAAAAAAAAAGGCAGCUCAACUCACACACCCAAAACAAAAUAUCUCAACACAGUACAUCCUCUUCCAGGUGUUUUUGCUUUUGCCCAGAGCAGCUAUAGUGUUGGAAAAUGUCCACAUUUCUGACAGCCGACAUCAAGGCAGAAGAAAUAGAGGGGAAUCAAUCAAUCAUUAAUAACCAAGUGUAUUGGAUUAGUUUCGGGAUGUUGUGUGUACCUGCUGUUUCUGGACUCUAAACAGUCUCUUAAACCCCUUUUUAUAAGCUCUUAUCUAUAAGGGAUUUUUGCAUUAAAUUUACAUGGACAUUAGAAGCCAGUGGAAUUCAUGUUGAUACCAAAUAACUUGCAGCAAAUUACUUCAGUGUCAUUCAUUACUGUCCCCUGUUUACACUAAGGCCACCUGCCAUGUGUUUAUAGUGAGUUUAAACCAUGGCUAUUUGCACACAAAAAUCUGAACUUUCCUUAUAAUAUAUUUUGACACUGACUUAGAAUCAUAGUGAAACUAUUUUCAAGCUCAGUUUAUUCUAAAGACGUAUUUACGCCAUCGAAUCCACUGUCUUAACUAUAAAUUAAACUGGAUGGUGUAAUACAGCUAAUAAACGACAAUGGCUUCCUCCAUCUUGGAGGUUGUCGCUAUAAAGACAGUUUGCUAUUAAUCAACAGCACGCAUUUACUUCUCAUUCUUCCCAAAAGUUAAACUCAAGCAUGAAAAAUGUUUACCUCGCUGAUUUAACUGAAAAAUGAACCUGCUGAAAAUGUUGGUGUGACCGAGCCUUUAAAGCGAACAAUUAUCAAGCAGCAGGAACAGCAACAAUCAUUUUGUUGUGAGUGAUUAAAUAGCUUAUCUUGCUUUAAACUGAGUGUUUAUGCAGUCUGCAGUAUUUCAACCUCUGGUUUUGGACUGAACUUAGUCUCAUACAGUGUUAGUUUAAAUUAUUUCUUUCUUUAUUUUUAUUUUUUGAAAGAACCUAUUACAUUUUGAUGACUGUGGCUGUGUGUGGGAGGAAUCUGAUCACACCCACUUAACUACAUCAGAUUUUUUUUUCCUCUUGAGAAAACAUUUCAGAUGCUCUGAGGAUCACAGGUGGUGAGGGGCAGGCGGGUGGUGAUUAAUCCCAGCUGAGAUCUGUUGGGUAUUUAAUGAUUUAAAAACUCCAGUCAGUCAUUUUACUGCUGAAAUAAAACUCUAAUCGAAUGCUCCUACAGUGAUGUUUCAUUACAGGAAGCAGCAAAGUGUCUUUGGAUUUACCAGACAGUGGCUCUGUCUGUGAUGCACCGCAGCGUGACUGUAACCAUGACAGAGAUUCACUAUUUGCAUUUCACUUUUACUGUGUUGAACAGGUUCAGUCUGCUGAAUAAAAUGAUUUAGUGACUUUUCA